AUUAUAUAUUAGUUUAUGUCCCUUCUCUCUAGAAUUAAUUUGCAGUGCGCGUUUGGCGUGUGAUAUAAUUUUCUCUGAUUCGAAUAUAAACAUUACGUUCUUUACAAACAAACUAUCAUUAAAUUAGUGUGUUCAAAUAAGUUCCAGCAUUUGGUGUGGUGUGCCGGCGACAUGGCUACUAUAUCAUUUGCCAAAAGUUUGGUUAACCCAGCUGUAAAACUUAUGUUGAAACAAAGCCAAUGUGCGUAUCUACGAAGCACUACUGGUCUCCCUGGCCUAACACCACUUAGUAUUGUACUCAGAAGAAACUAUGCAGAGAAGCAGGUGUUUGAGCGUACAAAGCCUCAUUGCAAUGUUGGCACAAUUGGACAUGUAGACCAUGGAAAAACUACACUUACUGCUGCCAUCACCAAAGUAUUAGCAGACCGUGAUUUAGCUCAGAUGAAAGGGUACUCUGACAUUGACAAUGCACCUGAAGAAAAGGCCCGUGGUAUCACAAUUAAUGUUGCCCAUGUUGAGUACCAGACAGACAAGAGGCAUUAUGGGCACACAGAUUGUCCUGGACAUGCUGAUUACAUCAAGAAUAUGAUCACAGGAACAGCUCAAAUGGAUGGUGCCAUACUUGUAGUAGCAGCCACAGAUGGUGUUAUGCCACAAACACGUGAGCACUUGCUGCUUGCGAAACAGAUAGGCAUUCAGCAUGUUGUAAUAUUCAUUAAUAAAGUUGAUGCUGCUGAUGAAGAGAUGGUGGAGCUAGUGGAGAUGGAAAUCAGAGAGCUAAUGACUGAAAUGGGGUAUGACGGUGACAACGUACCUGUAAUUAAAGGAUCUGCACUAAGUGCACUAGAGGGUAAGAGCCCAGAAAUUGGUGCUGAAGCAAUUAACAAGCUCUUGGAUGAAGUGGAUGCCUACAUACCUACACCAAUACGUGAGCUGGACAAACCUUUCCUUUUGCCAGUUGAAUCUGUACACUCAAUUCCUGGACGUGGUACUGUUGUUACUGGACGCUUACACAGAGGUGUUUUGAAGAAGGGUACUGAGUGUGAAAUUGUUGGCCAUGGUAAGGUGAUGAAGACCACAGUUACUGGUGUAGAAAUGUUCCACAAGACACUGGAUGAAGCACAAGCCGGUGACCAGUUAGGCGCCCUGGUUAGGUCCAUCAAAAGAGAACAAAUCAAACGAGGCAUGGUUAUGUCCAAACCUGGCACAGUAAAGGCCCAUGACAAUGUUGAAGCUGCUGUUUAUAUUCUCAGCAAGGACGAAGGUGGACGAUCCAAACCCUUCACAUCUUUCAUUCAACUACAGAUGUUCUCAAUGACUUGGGAUUGUGCAGCACAAGUUGUCAUACCUGAUAAGGAGAUGGUUAUGCCUGGCGAAGAUGCUACUCUCAAGUUAAGACUUGUAAAACCUAUGGUGUGUGAAGCUGGACAAAGAUUCACAUUACGUUUGGGUGACUUGACUUUAGGAACAGGUGUCAUCACUAAGAUCAAUAACAAUCUAUCAGAAGAAGAAAGAAUAAAGUUGAUGGAAGGCAAGAAAGCGCGAGAGAGGGCUGCUGUUAAGAAGUAAAUGAUAGUAAUAUAAAAUUAUUGUAGGCAUGUUGUAGGUCACUUUAUUGUACGCAUUUGUAAAAUUUCACCAAUAAACUUACC